UAACUAACAGUACCAUAGACAAGCAGGUGUUCGAUGACAUGUUGCCUUUGAGUCAACGUUACCCUGUAGCCUAUUUGCAGUAUUUCUCGGCGCUCUCCAUAAGCUCUCAGAGACCCUGGGCGACUUUGUGUGAAAUGUGCUGCUAGUUUUAUUCACUUUUGUAACGUUAGACAAUGGAGCCUCCGGAUUUCGAAGCCAUGAACUUCACGGCGGAACCAGUGUCGGCAGCGCACCCGAUAUGUGAGGAAUGGAGAGGCACCCCGGAGGGCUCCGUGUUCCACCUCGCCAAUAUCUUCCUUAUCCUCGGCUUCAUGGGCGGCAGCGGCUUUUAUGGACUCCUCUACCUGUUCACCUUUCUGACUCUGGGCUUCUUCUGCUCCACCGUCUGGGCAUGGUCGGACCCCUGCACGACCGACUCUUUCCUGUGGAGUUUCGCACUCUUCGGGGUGUGUUUGGGUCAAGCCCUGCACGUUUCCUACCGUCUGAGAAGCGUCUCCUUCGAUAAUGAAUUCCAGGAGAUUUACAACUGCAUGUUUAAAAAACUGGGAGUGUCGCUCAGCCUUUUUGGGAAGAUAGUGGCGUGCUGUGACGGAGACGUCCAGACCAUAGAGAGGGACCACUGCUUCGCCGUAGAGGGAAAAACCGCUAUUGACAAGCUGUCGGUGCUCCUGUCUGGCAGAAUCCGUGUGACAGUUAAUGGAGAGUUUCUGCACUACAUCUACCCUUUCCAGUUUCUGGAUUCACCUGAGUGGGACUCUCUCAGACCAUCAGAGGAGGGUGUAUUCCAGGUGACCCUGCAUGCCGAUGACCCCUGUCGAUACGUGGCGUGGAGGAGGAAGAAACUCUAUCUGCUUUUCGCCAAGCAUCGCUACAUAGCUAAGAUCUUUGCCCUGGUGGUGCGCAAUGACAUUGCAGAGAAGCUGUACUCCCUCAACGACAAGGCUUACGACGAGUCCGGCCACCGCUUUGAUCUCCGCUUACCGAGUUACAUACCAGGGACCGAAUUAGAAAAGGCAGAUGUCUUCCUGCAAGUGCCGGUGCAGGGGGCAAAGACUGCCUGAACACACACACACACACACACACACACACACACACACACACACACACACACACACAUACACAUAUACACAUAUGUACACACACACUCAAGCUCCAAGCCAUAAACAUGAAAGGCCCUAGCUUGCAUCUUGCAUUUAAGUGUCAAUUAAAAACAGUACAAUUGUUUUUUUUGGGGGGGCAUUUUUAGGCCUUUAUUGACAGGACAGCUGAAAUUAAAUGAAAAGUGGGGGGGGGGGGGGAUGACUUGCAGCAAAGGGCCGCAGGUCAGAGUCAUACCCGACCCGCUGCGUAGGGCGUAACGAUUUUGGAAAAUAAUGUAAUUGCGAUUUUAAUAAGCGAUUAUUUUUUAAGCUCUUUGUCUUCUGUAUUAUUCAACAAAAACUAGCAAUAAAUCAUUGUAUACUAUGAACAACACAAGAUUAGACAGAUAAAACAAACUGAUCUUUCCUGGAGGCCAGGCCUGGAUGUGAUGAUAAAAUUAGGUGACUCGUGAAUUUAUAUGGAUGACCUCUUUUAUUGAACUACUUCCGUCCCAGUAGUAUAUUGAGCACUGACCAAGCCUGGUGUAAACAUUCAUAUGAAAGUCAGAAACAAACUAAAGUGCA